CGUACCCAUUCCGCUCCUACAAUGAAGCGCUCAUGAGCAGCGCCGAAAGCUCAUGCCAUUUGCUCUUGGCCAGCUGCAAGACUCUGAAAUGCGUCCAGCAACUCCACGCUUACGUUUGCAAGGCCGGCCUCGAAUCCGACCAAUCCAUCGCCGGGAAGCUGCUCAGUCACUGCUCUGUAAUCAUCGGCGGCGCACUCGACUACGCCCACCGCAUCUUCCUCCACACCCCGAACCCAGACGUCUCCAUGUACAAGACGCUCAUUCGCGGAUUUUCUGAGUCGGACCUUCCUCAGAAUUCCCUCAAGACGUUCGUAGCCAUGAUUCGGAGCUCGCUGUAUCCUCCGGAUAGCUUCUCUCUCGCUUUCGCGCUCAAGGCGGCCGCGAACAUGAGGUGUUUCAGGAGUGGGUCUCAGAUUCAUUGCCAAUCAUUCUCUCGUGGCCUCCAUUGCCAUCUCUUUGUAGGGACUACCACGAUCAGCAUGUAUGCAGAGUGUGGGUAUAUACGGUUUGCACGCAACAUGUUCGAUGAAAUGUCCGAACCGAAUGUGGUUACCCGGAAUGCGAUACUUACUGCUUAUAUCCGGGUUGGUGAUUUGAGCGGUGCAGAGUCGAUGUUCUGUUUGAUGCCUUCCACGGACUUGACUUCCUGGAAUGUGAUGCUUGCUGGGUAUUCCAAAGCAGGAGAAUUAGGCUGUGCCAAGAAGUUAUUUGAUCAAAUGUCUACAAGGGAUGCCGUUUCUUGGAGCACCAUGAUCUAUGGGUUUUCCUUUAACGGCUAUUUUGAUGAAUCAUUAUGGCUUUUCAGGGAGUUAAGGAGGGAUGGAAUGACUCCCAAUGAGGUCAGCCUGACAGGGGUUCUAUCUGCCUGUGCUCAAUCUGGGGAGUUCAAAUUUGCAAAAGCCGUCCAUGGAUUUGUAGAGAAAGCUGGACUUAUGUGGAUUGUCUCAGUCAAUAAUGCACUGUUGGAUAUAUAUGCCAGGUCUGGGAAUCUCGGGAUGGCCCGCUUAGUCUUUGAACAGAUACCAAGGAAGAAGAAGAGUUUGGUUUCUUGGACAUGUAUGAUUACUGGGCUUCUAAUGCACGGCUAUGGUGAAGAGGCGAUCCAAUUUUUUCAAAAAAUGGAAGCUUUUGGAACUAUACCAGACCGGGUUGUCUUCGUUUCAAUUCUUUGUGCAUGUAGCCAUUCUGGGUUACUUGAAGAAGGGCGAUAUAUAUACGAUAGAAUGACAAGAGUAUAUAACAUUGAACCAGAUAUCGAACACUAUGGCUGUAUGGUUGAUCUGUACAGCAGGCGUGGAGAGUUAAAAGUGGCUUAUGAUUUUAUCAUGCAAAUGUCUAUACCCCCAAACACUGUCAUAUGGCGGACUCUUUUGGGAGCUUCUAGCUUCUAUGGUGAAGUUCAAUUGGCUGAACUUGUGAAAGAAAAGCUUUUGGAGAUGGAUCCUAACAAUUCUGGCGAUCAGGUUUUGUUAUCAAAUGUUUAUGCGGGUGCUGGGAAAUGGCAGGGUGUUGCAAAAGUGAGGAGAUCUAUGAGUGAGCAAAAAAUGAAGAAAACUCCUGGUUUUAGUGCAGUUUAAGCAUACUGUUUUGUACAUAAAUCGUUUGCAGCGGUUGAGAAGCAAAUCUUUCAUAAUUUGCAUAAUCGUUCGCAGCGGUUUAAAUCUAUUUAGAGCCCGUUUGGUAGCACCAAAAUCGGUUGUUUUGGCUGAUUCUGUUGAAAUUUAUGAUAUUCUGGCUGAAGUGGCUGUUUUGGCUGAUUCUGCUGAUUUAAGAAAAAAAUAUUUUAAAAAUAUAUUUUAUUAAUAAAUUAAAGAAAAAAUUAUAUGUAAAAAUAGCUAAAAUGGUCCUCUACAGUAACUUCAGCCAAUACAGCCAGAAAAGUAACUCCAACCUUACUACAAUUCAGCGCGCAAAAGUAAAAGUUACGUGUUUGGUGAAAAAGCUGGCUGAUAAGCCUGAUAAGCCGAAAACAGAGUUCUCCAAACGGGCUCUUAGUCAUUUUAAGAUUUUGUUUAGAUUUAUAGGUUUUUUUCGGGGAUUUAUCAAAAAAUUCCUUUCCUCCUUUGUAACUUGGUGUUUUUUUGUUAUCCUAAAAAUUUUGUCACUUUCAUGAUCAAAUAAUUUACCAUUCUUACCCGUUUCUCUCC